AUGGCUGCUCCAUGUGGCGAUAAUGCUCCAAUUGCGGCUGCAGGAACUUCGAAAAAAGGUGUAAAUGUUAACUUCACUACUGCAAAUGCAAGUGCUGCAAUUUUUGCUGGAGGAUUAGCUGUAUUAAUGGAAGCUAAUCCAAAACUGAAGCUCUCAGACUUAUUCUAUGUUACAGCAUUUACAGCUGAUAAAGUUUAUCCUGGAGCAAUUAAUUGGGAACAAAAUGGUGUUGGAUUGAAUUUUAAUCGAAGAUUCGGUUUUGGAAGAUUGAACUUAGGAAGAGCUGUUGAUAUUGCAUUGAACUGGUCUUCAACAGGAAAUUUUUAUUUGCAUGAAGUACAUAAAGUAAUAAAUAAAGCUUUGCCUGACACUGAAUAUAAUGUAACAUUUGAUUUCAAUGUUAGUGAUGCAAAAAGUAUUCUAACUGUUGGCCUAUUUUUUCAUUCAAGAAAAUUCGCUUUUGGAUCAUUAAAUCCGCAUAUUAUUAGUCCAUCAGGAACAAGAUGCGAAAUGAAACUUCUAACAGACUCAGAUAAAACUACAAAGAUAAGAAGUGUUGAUUUAAAUUCCUAUAAGUUUUUGGGUGAAAAUCCAAAUGGAAUUUGGACUGUAUCAUUUAGAAUUGCUGAUUACGCAGAUCACGGAACUAUUGAAGAUAUUGGACUUAGAUUUUAUUACACAAAAAUUGCUCCAAAUUACUCUAAAAUCAAUAAUAGAAUUUGCAGUUCUCCGUAUAGAAUUAACCAAUCAAAAGUAACUUUUUUAUCUCCGAAUAUUACUUUAGAGGCAGCAAAAUCUGCAACUGUUCCUCUUCAAAUAGAUAAAUGUGUCAGGAAUUCAUAUAAAAGUAUUUGGUUAUCAACUCCUGAUGGGGAAUUGAAUUUGCUUUUCCUGAUUUUUCACGAAUCUUUAUCCGUUUGCCCUGAAACUGAUAAUUUAACAAUUAUAGAUGGCAUAUCGGAAAUCAGUUCGUAUCAAUACGCGAAUUGUACAAAUAUUAAAGCAAUUACAUUCCCGAAUACAUUAAAGCAAAUAGGUAUUGGAGCAUUUAUGAACUGUUCUAACUUAUUAAGCCUUGAAUUUCCUUCAAUUUUAUCCAAAAUCAACGAAAAAUCAUUUUCAGAAUGCGUUAACUUACAAACCAUAACAUUUCAUUCCGACAAUACAGUUAUCUAUUCACGAGCAUUCCAAAAUUGUAUCAAUCUUAAAGAAAUUCAACUUCCAAAUUCGUUGGUUAAUAUAGAUUCUUAUGUUUUUUAUAACUGUACAAAUAUUGGAACCAUAACACUUCCUGAUACAGUAUCAACUAUUGGCGAUUAUUCUUUUUAUAAUUGUCAAAAAUUAAAUUUUAUUUCUUUCCCAUCUGAACUUAUUUUUAUUGGAGAACAUGCAUUUGAUUCAUGUUAUAAUAUUAAAACUUUUGUAUUUCCUCCCAUUUUUAUGGGAAUUUCUAAUUCUGCAUUUAUUUCCUGUAUCGGACUUGAAAAAGUAGAAUUUUUAUGUGACAACUGUGUUAUUAACCAAAAUGCAUUUGAAUAUUGUUACAAUCUUUCGGAAAUCAAACUUCCAAAUCAAUUAUAUGAAAUUUCUGAAAAUAUGUUUGCAUUUUGUCACUCAUUGAAGUCAAUUACUCUUCCAAAUGAAAUAAAGGAAAUCAAAAAAUCAGCAUUUUACUUUUGUUACAAAUUAGAAGAAAUUAAUUUUCCAAAACAUUUAAAUAAAAUUGGUCAAGAAGCAUUUCGAAACUGUUUCGCAUUGAUUAACAUAAUAAUUCCAGAAAAUGCUAAAGAAAUUGAAGAAAAAGCAUUUCAAAACUGCAAAAAUAUUUAA